GGGAAAGUAUCUCUUUUCCAAGCCCCCUUCUUGGGAACCCUGUGAACUUCUGCUACUGUACCUCUCUGGCAUUUGUAUCUGUCGUAAAAUACCAUUGGCUUUGGGUUCAACUUUCAGAACAGUGUCUCCCCGCGCCCCCGCUCAGAGCUGUUCUGAUUUCCCUUCCUUCUUCCGUGUCUUUGUUGUUAACACCUGUUUUCACCUGUUGUCUCGACUCCCCGCAGGCCUGCAGAGCCCAGCUCCAGAGUUCAUCGUGGACGUUGAAUCUAUGGACAUCUUCCCUGUGGGUUGGUGUGAGGCCAACUCCUACCCUCUGACUACACCACACAAGACAGCCUCACAAAAGAAGAGAAAGAUUGCAGUUGUGCAGCCAGAAAAACAAUCAGCAUCCACGGUGCCUGUUGAAAAAAUACCUCACGACCUUUGUCUGUUCCCGCACCUGGACGCCACAGGAACGGUGAACGGGAAGUACUGCUGUCCUCAGCUCUUCAUCAACCACCGGUGCUUCUCGGGCCCCUACCUCAACAAGGGGAGGAUCGCCGAGCUGCCGCAGUCGGUGGGGCCGGGCAAGUGCGUGCUGGUGCUGAAAGAGGUUCUUAGCAUGCUCAUCAAUGCAGCUUACAAGCCUGGGAGGGUUUUACGGGAAUUACAGCUGGUGGAAGACCCACACUGGAACUUUCAGGAGGAGACGCUGAAGGCCAAGUACAGAGGCAAAACGUACCGGGCUGUGGCCAAGAUCGUCCGCACAUCCGACCAGGUAGCGGACUUCUGCCGCCGGGUCUGUGCCAAGCUCGAGUGCUGUCCAAAUUUGUUCAGUCCUAUGCUGGUUUCUGAAAACUGCCCGGAGAACUGCUCUAUCCACACCAAAACCAAAUACACUUACUAUUAUGGGAAGAGAAGGAAGAUCAGCAAGCCUCCGAUUGGGGAAAGCCGCGUUGAGAGUGGACACCCUAAACCGGCCAGACGCAGGAAGCGACGAAAAUCCAUGUUCGUGCAGAAGAAGCGGAGGUCGUCCGCUGUGGACUUGGCCACAGGCUCCGGAGAGGAGAGUGAAGAGGAGGAUGCAGACGCCGUGGACGAUGACUCUGGGAGUGAGGAGACCGGCUCCGAGAUCCGUGAUGACCAGACAGACACGUCCUCGGCCGAGGUGCCCUCCACCCGGCCCCGGAGGGCCGUGACCCUGCGGAGCAGCGUGGAGGCCGAGCGCCGGGCCCCCGUGGAGAGGACGCGCAGGGCCCGGAGGGUGCCGGCCGCCCCCCAGGCCGAAGGGGCCCCCCGGAGUCCGGCCGCCAGCCAGGAGGCAGCAGAGGAUGUGAAGCAGGAGGAGGAAGAGAGGUUGGUUCUGGAGAGCAACCCGCUGGAGUGGUCGGUGACGGAUGUGGUGAGGUUCAUCAAGCUGACGGACUGCGCGCCCCUGGCCAAGAUAUUUCAGGAGCAGGACAUCGACGGGCAGGCGCUCCUGUUGCUGACGCUCCCCACAGUGCAGGAGUGCAUGGAGCUGAAGCUGGGCCCCGCCAUCAAGCUUUGCCACCAGAUUGAGCGGGUCAAGGUGGCCUUCUACGCCCAGUAUGCCAACUGACCCCGCCCUGCUCCCAGGCUGCCCGCCGGCCCGCUGAAUGCCGCGUCUUGGGUCUCAGGAGGUUUCCCGGACUGGAACUUCUGUUUUCCCCAGACGUGUGUGAUGGUGCAUCCAACAGGUGUCCACACGAGGGCCUCCUCCGCCCACCAGCCUGCUUGACAUUUCCGCAUUUGCAGAGCACCCAAGCCCACAGCUGUGGUCCUGCAGGGUGUGAGUUACCGCUCAUACCCUACGGGUGUGGACCUGCAUCUCUGUAGACCACACCCCAUCUUUCUCCUACCCCAGACCAGGCAGCUUCCUAAGCCAAGGCCCAUGCUUCAAAAACCCGGCACAGCUGAUGUCUUUUCCGUCGUGAGCCGGAAGGAGGUCUUCCGGUGACCUCACUGUCCUUGUACCCCAAGUGCCUCCAAAGGUGCUUCUUUCAGGUCGAUACGCGUGGCUGUCACUGCA